CAGGGUUUGCUUUACUUGGGCUCUUAACCAUCAAAUUUUAGUCUUAGCUUUUUUCUGGCUGCUGUAACUGUGUUUGUAAAGCGCAUUUGUUAUAGCAUGAAAAGCCAGAAAAAUUUGUGAUUACGUGCUUUUGAUUGAUUAUUGAUAGUGAUAUAAUCAUUAUCUAGAGGCCUGAUUCGAGUUACCAUAUUGCAAGAAAUGCUGUUGCAAGUAAAGCUAUUUGUACAAAGACAUUUAUUUUUAUUUAUUUAUUUAUUUUUGUUUUACAGUGUUUGACUUUCUUUACUCCAUGGAAUGUAAAAUGGUGAGGUUUUGUUAAAUAGUCAAGCAUCUCCAUAUUGGAGCUUAUACUGUCCGCUGUAGCAUAUACUGUUCUAGGAAGUAGGCUACUCCAUUCAAAGAUUAACCAAGCCCAACUCUGAGAGACUGGCAUUACUCAGAGUGCUACAGCAAAACACAUUUUUCUUCAUUGUGUCUAAUUCACGGUUAAUGGGCGGCGUUAGACUGUGAUGAGUGGUCAAGGUUCAGUUUAGACGCUUUCUAGUUUCUCUUCUUCAGAUCAUUCAGUCAGAUUACAACAGAGAGACUCUGGAUGACAAAAACAAACUUCAAGAGACACAAUGGAAUCAGAGCAUGAAGGUGAUUCGCGUGAUCUGAGGAUUGUGCUGCUGGGAGUCUGUGGAGCUGGAAAGAGUGCAAUAGGAAAUGCAAUACUGGGUCGAGGGGCAUUUAAAGAGAGCAGAACCAGAAAGAGUGAGAUACAGAGAGGAAGAGUAGAAGACAGAAACAUCUCCAUUAUCGACACUCCAGGGUUCUUCAACAUUCAACUUACUGAUGAAGAGCUGCAAGAGCAGAUGAUGAAGAGUCUUUCUCUCGCUCAUCCUGGUCCUCACGUGUUCCUGCUCAUCAUCAACCUGGGGACCUUCAGAGAGGAGCAGAGGAACAUUAUUGAAAAGAUUCAGGAGAUCUUUGGAGCUCAAGUUUUUAAGUUCACAAUGGUUCUGAUCACUGGAAGAGAAAAAAUGUCAAUGAAGGAAUGGAUGCUCUUUAUACUUGACACAAAAUUUCAAGAGCUGGUCAGUCGCUGCAGAGAUAAUUAUCAUGCAAUCAACAGUAAAAGUGAGAUUACUCAAACUCACAUCACAGAGCUUCUGCAGAAGACUGAUGAAACUGUCAAACAGAAUAAUCACCAGCAUUACAAUAAUGAGAUUUACUCAACGUAUCGAACAAAAAGCAUAAGAAUAAAGAAAAAUCAAGAGGAAGAAAACACAUACAAAAGUAAACAGACUUUUACAACCCACAAUGUUAUGGAAGACAGAACAACACACACAGUGACUGAACAAGAAAACGAAAGCAUAAGAGAAAAGAAAAAAGAAAGUACAUACAGCGAAACAAAGCAAGAGAAAGAGGAAAGACAAGAACGAGCAAAAAUAAAAAAGUCUUUUGAAAUGGAAAGAACAACGGAAAGGAGAUCAACACAUACUGUGAUAAGAAAAAAAGAGAGUUUUGUUUCUUAUGUCAGACAAACAAUGAAAACAACUCACCUAUAUGAAAACCUGCAUGAUUACAGCUCAUUAGACAGAUUCGAGGAAUUCUCUAAUAAAAGAAUGGGAAGCAAAAAUGCAGUGAAGACACCAGAAAAACUCUGGGGAGUGAGCAGCAAGGCAACAUACCAAAUUCUACAAUCAGACGACGAUCUCAGGAUCGUGUUGGUGGGAAAAACUGGAGCUGGAAAGAGCGCGACGGGGAACACCAUCCUGAGAGAAAAGCUGUUUGAUGAAGAAUUCUCUCCUGAAUCUGUGACUAAGAAAUGCAAGAAACGUCAGAAGGUAGUGAAUUGUCGAAAAAUCUCAGUGAUCGACACUCCAGGACUGUUUGAUACAUCAACAAUUGAUAAAUGGAAACUUAAGGAGGAAAUAUUAAAGUGUGUCUGCAAGUCAGUUCCUGGUCCUCAUGUGUUUCUGCUGGUCAUCAGACUGGACGUGAGAUUCACAGAUGAAGAGAAAAACGCAGUUAAAUGGAUUCAGGAGAACUUUGGAAAAGACGCUGAACGUUACACUAUCAUUCUGUUCACUAGAGCAGAUCAGUUAACAACAUCUAUAGACAAGCAUCUGACCAAAUCCAAGCAGAUUAGAGAGCUGGUUAGUCAGUGCGGAGGCAGGUAUCACAUUUUUAAUAACACUAAUGAAGAUCCAGCACAGGUUACUGAACUGUUAAAGAAGAUAGAUGGAAUGGUGAUGAAGAAUGGUGGACAGCAUUACACAAAUGAGAUGUAUGAGAAAGCUCAGAAAAAGAUCAUGAUGAAAAAGGUUGAAGAUGCAGCUUUGGUGGGAGCAUCUGUGGCAGGAGUAGGAGCAGCAGUAGCUGGAGGUGCAGCACUAGUUGCUGCUACUGGAGGAGUGGCUCUGCCUGUAGCUUUAAUGGCAGGAGGAGCAGCUCUGACGGGAGGAUCUAGUGCUAAAGUUAUGGCAGAUAAAUUUAAACACAUAAUGGGAAAGAGGAGGAAUUCCAUACAUCAGGACCUGAAUUUUGUUUCUGAAAAUGAGGAAGGAAAUGGGUAAACAGUAGGAAGGGGCAUAUUUUAGACUAAGUAUUUUAGUUCAUUUCUGUUUUACAAUUUAUAUAAUUAGGUUGAUUCAUAUUUAUAUCGUUAGGAAGACAACUCUAGAUGGUGCUAUGGGCUAAUCUUGUUGUGCAACAGCUUACACACACAGUGCAA